GGCGAGACCUUGAGAGCGAGAGCAACCAAGAAAGAAAAGAACGAGGAGAGAGAAAAAAGAAAGAAAAGAAGAGAGAGAGAGAGAGACACAGAGAGUAUUAGCAGAAGCGAUCGAGCUACACAGAGCGGAAGUUCGAAUAUAAAUCAGCAAACACCCGAAAAAAAGAAAGCAGUCAAGAAAUUUCAAAAAAUAAAAUUACAGAAAAAAAGCCCCGGAGAGAGAGAAAGCGAAAGGCAAAGCUCCGAAGUCACUGAGGUUCGAUUUUUCUCUGCAAUUCGUCGAAACUCGAUAAGUUUCGGGGGGAUUACUUGUUUGUUGUGGAUGGUGUAUGAAUCUGUUUCUUGAGAAAUGCAACCUCAGCAGUUCUCUAGAAUUGAUUUGGGUGAUCUGAAAGCACAGAUAGUGAAGAGAAUUGGGGCCGAUAGGUCAAAGCGGUAUUUUUGUUACUUGAAUAGGUUGUUGAGUCAGAAGCUGAGCAAGAAAGAAUUUGACAAGUUGUGUCACCGGGUGCUCGGGAGUGAGAACUUGCCACUGCAUAAUCAUUUUAUACGGUCAGUCUUGAAGAAUGCAUGCCACGCAAAGACCCCACCACCAGUCUUUUCAUCGGUUCCUGCAAAACCUGGGAUACAAGCUGCAAACAGUUCUCCAAGUAGAGAAGAUGGGCAGGAACAAAGCCUCUUUCCGCAUCAAAAUCAAAAUGUACCUGGUUGGUCGAAUGGGGUAUUGCCGGUGUCCCCACGAAAGGGUAGGUCUGGGAUACGCGAACGGAAGCUAAGGGAUAGGCCAAGCCCACUUGGACCAAAUGGGAAGGUAGAUAGUGCAUCACAUCAUUCCACGGGUUUAGAGGAUAAUGGUGGUAAGGUUAUUGUGGAAAACGGGGAUGUGCAUCCAUUUGAUUAUCAGAGACCAAUGCGACAUCUUCAACCUGUUGCUGAGCUACCUGAGAGUGAAAGAGAUGGUGCAGUUGGGGAAAGACCACGGAUACACAGCAAAGACCAGGCUGACUUAGCUGUUAUUGAUCACGAGGAAGAGGGAGAACAAUCAAACUGCUUGAGUUUCCCAAGAAGUCCUCUACUUGCGCCACUGGGGAUCCCGCUCUACCCAGCCAGCGUAGGUGGGGCCCACAAAGCUUUUCCAGUUGGUAGCAGCUGUGAUAUUGUUAGCUAUUAUGACAGUGGGGGAUUGUCCGAUACGGAAACACUUAGAAAACGCAUGGAGCAGAUUGCUGCAGCACAGGGUCUUGGUGGAGUUUCUACAGAAUGUGCCAAUAUGCUGAAUAAUGUGUUGGAUAUAUACUUAAAGCGAUUGAUUAGAUCCUGCGUUGAGUUGGUGGGAGCAAGGUCUACACCAGAGCCAAAAAAGAAUGCUGCACCAAAGCAGCAGCAGAUUCAAGGAAAGAUUAUCAAUGGCAUGUGGCCAAGCAAUCACAUGCAUAUGCAGAGCAGCAGUGGGCCUGUGGAAGAGCAAAGACCUCAGUGUUCAAUAUCUUUCCUUGAUUUUAAGGUUGCAAUGGAGCUAAAUCCACAGCAACUUGGAGAGGAUUGGCCGUUGCUGCUGGAGAAGAUUUGUAUGCAAGCAUUCGAGGAAUGAAAGAUCCUUGUGAAGAUAAAUUUAUCCCAAAGUUGUGGUUGGGUCGGUCUGUUCUGGUUCAAAGGUCCUGAGAUCACCAGUUAUUGGAGAUUAUGGGUUCAAAUAAUUGUAAUCUCAUUGCCAGGACGCACCAGAUGGUUCCUAUGUGGGUAAAGUUCCGGGUAUUGCAUGGGGAAAUCAUCUGUUUGAGCAUCAAAUGUCUGUAAUUGCUGGCUGCGGAGCCAGGACUGAUCCACAAUUAUCUAACUGCAACCGUUCAAGGGCGUUUCAAACUGAAUCCCCAUGUUUGGUUGUUCUGUUGUAUGUGUAACAUAGAUGCUGCUGUAUUUGCUACCGCUCCAGACCUCACGCUUUUGUGUAAUUGCAGCCAGUGGAGAAAAUAUAAGAAAAUUUUGCAGGGGUACUGUUCUGUUGCUCGGUGAGAGGUAUAAUUGCUUGUGUAAGAGCUGCAGUAUCCUCUGUAUGUACUUUAGAAUCUUAAAAUUGAUUUAAAUUUCAAUAUCAAUAACACAUCGACAUCAAUUGAGUUGUCCUUGAUUGCA